AUGUGUGUACCAGUUAGCAAGGAACCAGUGAGGAAGCCAGCCAGCCAGCCAGCCCAGGUGGUUACAUAUAACCUGGUCCAACUCCACGGGCGUUAUAAUAGGGGAAAAUUAUUUAUUAAAAAAGCAAUAUAUCUAGUAGCUGGCUUACUUACUCGCUUGCUGGCUGGCUUCCUUGCUGGCUGGUUGCUGGCUGGCUGGCUGGUUGGCUUCCUUGCUGAAUCGGCGGGGGAUCCCUUUGACCCCGACAUUUGGCACUACUUUAUUUGUGCUGGGCUGGCAGCCCACGCCACCAUAUGUCGUCUGUCUAUGAAGAAGCGCCUCUCUCGCAGAGACAUAAGACAGAAGCCGACGUUGGAGUCUCCGCUCUCCAGUCGCCCCUUGCUGUCUUUAAGUCCAGGCCGCUUCAUCUCGGACAAUUCAUUUAUCUAUCCGUCUAGAGCAGUGAGCGACGGCGGUAGGAGCGGAGACUACGAAUAA